CUAGGACCUGGGGGAAUCCUCGCCGUCAGCAAGGACUACCUUAAACCCAGCCCAAUGCCGCUUCCUGCGCCACUUUUCCCUGCGUGCUUGGAUGGAAGAGCCACAGUCGAGAGCCGCAGCUCGGGGCUGGAGUGCAACGUUGCAGCACGGCGAGCUCUGCGGAAGCAACACCUGUUCUGAGGCCAGCCAGCGAUUAGACGCCACCAGCACUGGGACGCUGCAGCCUCUCGCGUUGCUCGGGGUGGAUCGUCAGCCGGGCUGAACCGAGGGGCAUCUGCUGAGUCUGCUGAGAAUUCCGGAUGAUAGAUCUGGACGCCAAAAGUUUUCUCUUUUAUUAUUUUUAAAAGCUCUCCCUUUUCGGGCAGGGGGGGAUUCGCUUCAGCCAGCAGAUGUGAGAUCCACUCCCCCCUCCUCUCCUUGCAGGGUUCAUGCUGAUGUAUGCAGUCUGUUGUAGAGUAAAAACAGCGCAUGUCUUUCUGGAGUCAGAAUCCAUAAAAAUCCUGGCGUCGCCCGUGCAUCUUCAAUGCAUGUAACAAUCUCUUAUGGAUGCACCUCCCUCCAGAACGCCUAGGCGUUGAAGUUGCUAUGCUCAUUCUGCUCCUCAGCCCAAUGGAGAAACUACGGAUUUUUAUCCUCCUUACGCUCGGAUGGGCAGAAGACCUUACUGCUUGCUAAGAGCUGAGGAAUAUAGAUGAUCUCGCCCUAUACCUCUAGACCUGUGUGCUGUGUUUAUAAAUAUGUCAGAGCGCGAGUCGAACGUGGUGGUUUCCUAAGACUAACAGCGGUUUGACCUUGAACCUGAACCAGUCACAACAGCAAUUACUUUUUUUUUUUUGUAUUGAUGGAUUAAAGAACAUUUUUUCCCUCCCCUCAAUGUAACUGCAAGUGGGAGGGGAGAGUGGAGUAGGAACACUUUUUUUUUUUUUAAGGGGAAAAAAGAUCUUGGGUCUGGGCACCAGAGUUACGGUUUUGCUGCAAAAAAGGGGGGGAAGAAAGAGAGGAAAAAAAGAGCCAGCCUUCCCUCCCCCUUUCCCCUUCCUUCCUGCCCCUCUUUCUCCUGAUGGCUCCCUUAGGUGAAGUUGGGAACUAUUUCGGUGUGCAAGAUGCGGUACCCUUUGGGAACGUGCCGGUGUUGCCAGCAGAUAGCCCGGUGUUGUUAAGCGACCACCUGGGGCAGUCUGAAGCCGGAGGACUCCCCAGGGGCCCCGCCGUGACGGACCUGGAUCAUUUAAAAGGGAUCCUGAGGCGGAGGCAGCUCUACUGCAGGACUGGAUUUCAUUUAGAAAUUUUUCCCAAUGGUACGAUCCAAGGCACCAGGCAAGACCACAACAGAUUUGGUAUCCUGGAGUUUAUCAGUAUAGCAGUGGGCCUGGUCAGCAUUCGAGGGGUAGACAGUGGACUUUAUCUUGGAAUGAAUGAGAAAGGGGAAUUAUAUGGCUCGGAAAAGUUAACCCAGGAGUGUGUGUUCAGAGAACAAUUUGAAGAGAACUGGUAUAACACAUAUUCAUCGAACCUAUAUAAGCAUGUGGACACUGGAAGACGUUAUUAUGUUGCAUUAAAUAAAGACGGGACUCCAAGAGAAGGGACUAGGACUAAACGGCAUCAAAAGUUCACCCAUUUUUUACCUAGACCUGUGGACCCCGAAAAGGUCCCCGAACUAUAUAAGGAUAUUUUAAGCCAAAGUUGACAAAGACGUUUCCUUCACUUGAGCCCUUAAAAAAAAUUAACCACUAUAAAGGUUUCAUGCGGUGGGUUCUUAAUUGAUUAGCUGUGUCAUCACAUCAGCUCCACUGUUGCCAAACUUUGUCGCAUGCAUAAUGUAUGAUGGAAGCUUGGAUGGAACAUGCUGAUUUUGUUCUGCACUUAAAGGGUCUGUCUUCCUGGAGGAGAGUCUAUGCCCAUUCGCUUGAUUUAUUAUGAGAGAAAAGAAGGAAGAAUGAGGAUGUGUGAGAAUGAAAGAGAAAGAGGAUGAAAGAGAGAAGCUGAAGCAAGAAGGAUGGGGGGGAAGGCCUGAUGCAUGCUGGGAAGUAGACACGCUUUUAACUUUUUUGAUCCGUUGUACUUCAUCCUAUAUCAGCAUAGCUGCCAUACUUUGACUCAUCAGGAAUUUUGGCUGGUGGCCUGCUCAAGUGUACGCUGCAUUUAAAAAAAAAAAAAGGCAUGGAGGAUACGGUCUUACUUAAACAACACAAGAUACUUAUUUUCUGUUUGACUGCUCAGGUGAGAGUCACCCCUCACUGAGUUUAAAGCAAAGACCUCUUAGUAAAAUUUAAAAAGAGAAAAAAAAAUAAAAAAAUAAAUAAAAAGUUAAAUUUAUUUAUAGAAAUUCCAAAGGCAACAUUUUAUUUAUUUUAUAUAUUUAUUUAUUAUAUAGAGUUUAUUUUUAAUGAAAUAUGUACAGGCCAGAUAGGCAGUUUGGAAGCUUUAGCCUCUGUAAAACAUUUUAGUGGCAAAGGCCACUCUGAACCUGUGAUAAAAUUCAUGCAAGUCAACCAUAAAGGUGCAUGGAGGCAAAGAGAAAUCUAGUGACCCUAAAUGUACGAAAGGCGACAAUCUCUUUUGUGCCCAUAUUAUUGUCAAAGUAUGCACACCACUCAUGACACUGAGUGCUCACUCUUCUGACUGCUUGUUUCAUAGCUUAAAUUCCCCCCUCUUCCUCCCUCUCAAAGGAUUAAAUAUAAAACUGGGUCUUCAAAACUUUAAUUCUGUGUCUGUAAUAUUUCCUCUUUGAUAAGCGACUUAUUCCAUCUUUGUAAGCUUCACAGUUGUGGAAGAAGAAGACAAAAAAGAAAAUAGGAUUGGUAUAUAUUCUACUUGUUAAAACCUACUGCAGAUUAUACCAAAGCUAAAUGAUAAAUAUGCUCUUUUUAUUUAAGCAGAAUGCCAGAAACAUCCUAAUAUUGACAUUUUGUACUAAUUAAGGUUCUCACAACUAGUACAAGAAGCCAGGGACAAGGUUCACUCUUGUAAACUUGUUUAAUUGUGCACUUGACUAUCUACUCUGAAAUUAUACAAGUUCCAUAGGGGUUAUUAUUGUAACAUCUUUUAUGGAAAAAACUGCUUUCAGUGUGAACUGUCAUAAUACAUAUUAGCACCCUUCUUAAAGUAAGACUCUUGCAAAAUGAAACUAAUAAAUCUCUAUUGAGAAUUGCAAUGAGGGGGAAAGUACUAUACUUGUUUUAUUUCCUAAAGUAUUUCAUGCAGGCUCUACUGCAUAAUGUAUUGUCAUUAGGAUUAUGUAACGUUAUAAGUGCAAACACGCCUUUUGUUAGUGGUUAUAAUUUUGGAACUUGCCCUAAGAAAAGAGACUGGUUGUUGAAAACCUUGAGAAAAACACAAAGCAGGCAGUAGUGCUGAUAAUGACUGCAGUCCAACACACUGUAAUGCUGUUCCAAGAAAAAUAUACACAAGUGUGCAGAAGAAAUGCACAAAGUUGUGGACUAAUGCAGUCAGCUCAUCGUGGCUUUGAUCAUUGCCUGGAUUCUGUUUAGUCUGGAAUGUUGUGUACCUUCCUUCAUGUGAGCAACUUGUGCUUCUUUGGGUUGCAGUCAGUGGUUAAAAUAGCUGGAGGGAUGGCUCAUGCAGUUUGCCUAAGGCUACUUGCUGUAGAUUAAGUGGGUUGACAAUUAUGGUCUCAUGAUCUAAUUCUACUUCCAUUGGAAUUACUGACAGUUCUGAUAUUGUGACCAGUCCAUCUUGAGUGUAUCAUGGACAUUUUAGCAAGCAAGUGGUUUCAAGACUGAAGUUUCAAUCUAUAUAGAAUAAAAUUGGAGCCCAGUGCAGAAAGAGAUUAAGUACCCUUUGUGAACCUAUUGGAUAUAGUGAUCGAUAAGUUCAAAAUGAAUUCAGUGUUCUUUUGCUUGGUUGCACACUUGUCCACUGGAAAGAAGUAUGUUAUAAAAUAGACUGUUGUAUUGGGUGAGUUCACAUGUUCAGUUUUAGGAUGGAAUGUCACACUAUGUUCCACAUGAGGCCACAGACAAAAAUGGUGUCCCUGUGCCGUUCUUGUCCAUUUCCACCAUUACAAUGGGCCAUGCUUACCCUUAUUGUGCUGUCUUGAAGUUGUGCAUUUCCCCAUUCAUGCUAGUGGCAGCCAAUGUUGUUGAGAAGGGACAGGAAAAUGUGAUGAUGAAUUAGGUAUGCUUAAACAAUGCAGGGGAGCGGGAAGACUGUUUUUAGUGGCAGCCCUGUACCGUAUGUAUUGUGUAGUCCCCCCGCCCCACCGCUACUUACUGCUAGCCAAUCCAUAAUACCCAAUGUUGGGUAACUUUCAGAUUUCAUAAUAUGUAGACAUCUAUGCUAAACUGAUGAGAUCAGUUCCACCCAUUCGUAACUAAUAACUGAAAUAGUUAUGUGAGCACCAUAAUGUAUCAACUCCCCCUGAGUGGGAUCAGGACAGGGGGAAAUUGUGUUAAAGUGAAAAGCUAGUGCUAAUCUUUUCUCAGCUCAUACCUUAAGCAAACUUAAUAUGUUGCAAAUUCAUUAUAAAUGUUUGGAUAUUAGACGUGGAUUAGAUCUUAUUAAGUAAAUAAUUGACAGCUAGAUUCGUUGCGAAGAACAUUAGGUAAAUAAGUGCCAGGACACUUUUGACUACAAGCAAUAUGGAGUGAUUUGACUGUUGAACAGGACUUUAUUAUCAUUCAAGAACUUUAUCCCUUUUAUUGUGGCUCUUGCACUACCAAUACCUGUUGUUUGUUUUAAAUCUUUGCAUCACUAUUGAAAUAGAUAUGAAACAGGCUGCAUUUUAACAUUUCCACAACACAGACAUGUGCCACCAGACCAGUCUACCAGCCCUAUAUGGCGUCCCACCUGAAGCUUGAUCAUCUCCUUUUUUCUCGGUCUGCCUGCGAUGGCAAAAAUAGGGAGAUUGUCAAGCACCUGGAAGGCCUUGGUGAGUCCCAAGUUGUGCAGGCCUGCUGUAAGACCAUAAUAAUCAAACCACUUUAUCUGGAAUAAUUCCAUGGUCCCCAAUGGGCCUACCUAGUUGUAAAUUACUUUCCAUUUGGGUCUUCAAUAAUUUGGAUCAGAAGAUGAUGUUCUUCUCUGUUCUAACUGAAGAAAUGACAUUAAAGGACAUAUAGCAUGUUCACCAUCCAGCAGUAAACAGGUGUGUUUAUAUAUUUAUCAUAUAAAGGUGGAUUCAAGUAGCAAUAAGUAUCUGGAUUUGCACUAAGUCCACAAAAAUGUUAAGGACACCCACAACUAAGGUCAACCUUGUUAUGAACUGACCAGAAUAAUAAGACCAUACUUUUUCGCCUUAAUGUGGAAAUUGCUGGUAUUUUUGAUCAUAGAGACAGAUCAUUAAUAUUACUUAACAUGUUUUUUAUUUAAUUUAUUUUUUGUAUUUUUAAAGAAAGGAUUAAAAAUAAGCAAGAAAAAAUGUUAUGAAUUUAUGGCAGUUGAUACAAUAAACUGUAAUCAAUUUAUUCAAAUAACCCAUAGUGGUGUGUAUAUACCUAUUGAAUUUUUGUAGAUAUGGAAAUAUCAUAGACAUCAUCUUGCAAAUGAAUGCUCUGAUACAUGGUAGCAGGCUAUAGAGUCUUUUCUCGUAGUGUCUAACAGAGGUAAAACAAAAGUUUAAUUGGUUGCUUCUGUAAAACAAAAUCCCAUUUCUGCAUUUAUACCAGAAUUAACUUCCACAGUUCACUUCUUACGGUAUGUGUUCACUUGAACUUUAUUUCCCAGUACUGGCUGGGAAUGGAAGCUAGCAAACCCUAGUUUUCCUUAUGCAAUAAUCCCCAAAAUAGGAUUGAAAGAUACACUGCCCACUCCCCUUGUCCUGCUGAUGUGGUGAGCAUUUCUUGGAGGCUUAAGCACCUAUAAUAGCAGUGUGAGAUGUGCUCAGGUGAGUCCUGGAACUUAACUCCCUUAAUUAACACAAAGACAUUCUCCUCUGCUUGAUAUUUGGGUGUUGAUCUCAGGAGGUCAAAGAAGUUUUGCUUCUUGAGGAGGGCACUGUGGGGUGCCAAUGGUGGCUGGAUGGGCAGCAUUUGCUGGCCCCUGCAUCCCUCCUCACACCCAUGCCUGAAGCAACCACCUCACCCUGCCUCAUGGAAGGGCCACCCUGGUUGACCUCCAAAACAUCAGUGGUGGAUCCCUGUCCACCAGUUCUCUGGCCUCAUCAACCUGUUCACUGGAGAUGGUUGCUUAUUCCAGUCAAGUCUUAUUUCUUCUAGCAAGCAAAUAGCUAAAGCUUCUUCUUAUACUGUUGUACUUGGAUGCCUGGAGAGUGCACUAUGCUGGGUGGGGGUAAUGUGGGAAAGCGCUUUUUUUGCUGCUAUUCCUAUGCUUUGGACAUAUAGGAGCCUUCAUAUAUUCUAGUGCUGUUGAUCUGACACCUCUCUAAAACUCAUACAAAGAGCAGUCUCAACAAAUUGGUGUCAUUCCCUUGAUACUCUGUAACUGUGUGUAAAUAUGUACGGAAAUAUGUACUUUGUAUAAAUAUAUUGUUAUAGAAUUUUGAAAA